CGAGUAUAAAGACAAGCGGGCAUCUCAGACAAUAACAUGAAGCCAGACACUAUUAUUUGUGCUGUCUACAAACAAAAUGUCAUCAGAGCCACGCUUCUUGCGUCUCCGCGCAUCAACACGCCUAAUUAUAGGGGCAGUAGCCUUUGCCGUGUUUACGGACAUGUUCUUAUAUGGCAUUGUUGUUCCCGUCAUCCCCACUGCGCUCGAGCAGAGAGUGGGCCUGGCUCCUAGGGAUCGUCAACGCUGGACUUCCGCCCUUCUUGCUAUCUAUGGGGCUGGGCUGCUAGUUGCUUCGCCUGUAUUUGGCUUGAUGGCUGACCGGACCAACUCUCGUCGUAUCCCCCUCCUCUUCGGCCUGAUCGCUUUUGCAGCCGCUACCGCCCUUCUCUGCGUAGGGACGAAUCUCGGCCUAUGGAUCUCCGGGCGUCUAUUCCAAGGCAUAUCAGCUGCCAUGGUCUGGACGGUGUCUUUGGCUCUUCUUGUGGACACUGUCAAAGAGAGUCAAAUUGGCAAGGCUAUGGGAGUGAUUGGAAUGGCAAUCAGCGUGGGUACAAUGCUUGGCCCGCUUCUUGGAGGUGUCCUGUACCAGCACGGCGGUUAUUACUCUGUCUUCGGGUUAGCGUAUGGUGUGAUAGCCAUCGACCUUCUUUUGCGGUUUGCCAUGAUUGAGAAACGACACGCUGCGAAAUGGCUACGCGCACCUAGUGCUAUGAGCGAGGAAACUCGCUCUAGCACUGGACACCAGGAACUGGUGGCGUUAGGAGGAGAGAGAAUCACUCAUGACCAAGUUGCUGGUGGCUGUGAGUCAACCCAGGACCAAGUUCAGGUUGGUCACUUGCAACCUCUCCUAGUCCUCAUUCGUUCUCCAAGAAUGGCCAUCGCACUGUUUGCAUACUUUGUCCUGGCGAGUCUCAUGACCGCAUUUGACAGUGUGUUGCCACUCUUUGUGAAAGAAACCUUUGGAUGGGGCCAGACAGGGGAAGGCUUGAUUUUUAUUCCAUUGUUUCUCCCACACUUCUUGGAGCCUCUGGCGGGAGCGGUUCUCGAUCGGUUUCCAACCUCUGGUAGGUAUCUUACAGCCGGCUCUCUGCUAGGAAUGACUCCUUUCCUGGUACUCCUCCGGCUCGUGACCCAUGACUCUAUUGAGCAAAAGGUAUUGCUUUCAGCUCUGCUUGUUCUAAUCGGAUCAACCUUUGCGGCUGGGCUACCCCCUUUGCUGGCUGAAGUAUCCUACCUCAUUGAUGCGAAGCAGAAAGAGCAUCAAGGUAUAUUCGGGAAGCAUGGAGCGGUAGCUCAAGGCUAUGGAUUGUUCAACUGCGCCUUCGCCGCUGGGAGCCUUGUUGGUCCCAUUUGGGCGGGUAUGAUUCGCGAUGCAUAUGGCUGGGGAACAAUGAGCUGGUCACUUGGUGUGCUGAGCAGUUUCACAUCGGUUCCGACUUUACUCUUUCUGGGUGGAAGCAUUUAUUCAAGAUCAUAGCAGGGACAUUAAGCUUUGCAUGUGCGCAGGGUCGUGCUAGAUUCUUGCGAAAGAAUACUGACUUCUCAGCCUGCGGCAAUUCAGCGUCCGGGGUAGCAUUCGAUACAAGAGGUGGAGAAGCUGGGACAUUUGACGAGUGUAUUGGUAUCCUCACGGGGAACUGCAGCGCCAAAUACUUGGUGACAAUGCUGGUAUGUAACAGUGGAGGAACAGUGCGGGACGGGACAGGGUGGGAGACACCAUUUGAGGAUAGAGCGGAAGCACACUCAGGGCAAUAGAUAGGCACAUUAAAACGGGAAUGUACUUAGACUGAUAUUUGUUGGUCGGGUGAUUGCAAUUGCUAUAGUAAACGAAAUUAGCUCUUGCAGACGUUCAGGCCCCUGUUUAAUCCUCAAGUAUUUACUGGGCG